AUGCCCCAGGAGGCCGGCCCCUCCCCACCAUCUUCGGAGCCUCUCCCAAACUUUGAGUCAACCCCGGCGCCGUACCAGGUCCCUCUGGAAAUGCAGGACAUGCAGCCCAGUCCUGAGGAGCUGACCUCCUCCACAUUUCUGACACACGGUGGCCAGGUGGCACCCGGUUCGGUGGCACUCUGUCUCGCCGUGCGAGACGCCCAUGAGGACAUCCUGGAGUGGCUGCUCCACCACAAGAGGCUGGGGGUGACGCGUGUCUACCUCUGGGACAACAAGUCUGUUCCCCCCAUGAACGCUACCAUCGAGGCCCACAUCGCCAGCGGCUUCGUGGCCUACAACUACUUUGAUCGGUUCACGCACCCCACGGGUGCUCCACAGCUCUUUGCCUACGACAGGUGCCUGGAGGAGGGGCGCCCGCUGCAUGCCUGGAUGGGCUUCAUCGACGUGGACGAGUUCCUCAUCUUCCGGGGGGGGGCAGGGCCCAUCAGGCACCUGGGCCAGUACCUCUCCACCAAGCACUCGCAGGCAGCAGGUCUCGCCGUGCACUGGAUCCUGUUUGGCUCCUCGGGCCACAUGGACCGCCCGGCCAGCGGCGUCCUGCGCUCCUUCGUCAAGUGCCUGCCCCUGCGCCACGCCCAGCACCAGCUGGUGAAGACCAUCGUGCGGCUGGACUGCACCGCCGCGGCCUGGAGCCCGCACGCCUUCCACCACAACUGCAGCGGGCAGAGCGUGGCGCGAACCGACGGGUCCCCCAUCGAGGGGCCGCGGGCGGAGGAGCCCACUCACGUCGACCUGGCCCUGCACCACUACGCCACCAAGUCGCGGCGCGACUUUGAGCAGAAGAUGGUCCGCGGCAGCGGCAUGAAGCGGCAGAGGGGCUGGGAGUACUUCAACUUCGUGGACAGCUGGAGCGUGGUCUGGAACUUCGACGCGCUGCGCAUCUGGGACGACGGCGCCAUCCGCACGAUCCGGGACCCGGCAGCCGCGGCGGCUGCGCUGGAGCAGUACCGCGCCGAGAUGCACGAGGACCACUGGCUCAAGGGGCCGUGA